AUGGCAGAGUCAAGCAAUCAAGACCCAACAGAAUGGCUGAAUUUCCUCGAUUCGAGCCCAGACAACCGCCAAUACGACGCAGAAGAUUGCCAGGCCGCAAUCCAGGGAUCGCGAAUUCCAAAGACAUUAGACGAGGAGGUUCACCGACUGUGCACUAUUCGCGGCAUACGGCAUCAUUAUGGCUUUGCCAAGGAGCUCCGUGGAGUCUCGCUGGACUUCACGCGCGCUUUAAAUGCCCGAGAUAUCAUGAGCGGCAUUAUCCCAACCAUGUUAACGCCUGAGGAGGUGCCCUAUUGUUUUUGGUAUCCAGAUAUUCCAACAGAGCAGACUCUCCGGGCUUUAGUGCAGAGAUACCCGGAUAUGGUGUAUCAAGUUGCUCGGGCCUGUGCUGCUGCGGGCUACUUUGAUCUGUAUAAAGAGCUGGAUGUUCUCCCAGAGGUGCAUGUUGCAGAAGAAGCUGGGUACGCAGCUGCUCAAAGAAACAGCAAGGGCAGCCGGGAGAUUUACGACCUUAUUAUCUCCCAACCCAUCAAAUUCGAGAUCAUGAACGACUAUACACGUACAGUCAACACUGCCGGCCGUCGAGUUGCAUGUCUAAACGGCGACACUGCUGUUUACUCAAGUCUUACAGUCCGAUCAAAGUACUCUGAUCCUUGGGAUAUUGAAAAAGCCCAUAUGCCAUGGACAGAAUAUCACACGGAUCCCCCUUACUUUAAUAUUACUGAAGACUGGGGCAUCGAUGACAAGGACUGCGCGGGCCCCAACCCCAAGGCACCAGAGGAUUACUUCCCGCUGGUGUAUACACCACUCCCUGCGGAUCUCCCGUUUAUCGACAAGGACAAACUUAUUCAAGUUGCUGCAUAUAAUGGCGAAAUUGAUCGCUAUGCACGACUUCGACGACCACGGAUGCUUGAAGAUGAAUGGGCCAUGGUUGUACAUGGUAUCUACCAUAAUCCAAUUUUUGCCAAAUGGUGGAGUACACAGAUCCCUGAACACCCGCAACACAGACACGAGAUUAAUAUUAGACGCGCGAUUAAUGCCCGGCGCAUCAUGUCUGAUGAUCUAACUUGGCUCACUAUGGAUACUCCUGGAGGAUUACUGCCAGAGCUUAUUUGGUAUCCAAAUGUCGCUCACUACACGACCUAUGAGAAACUCGCACACAAAAGACCAGAUAUGUUCGAGGAUUGCCUACGAGCCAGCAUAGUUGCAGACUAUACAUGGACAUGGGAUGAUCUGCUGCGCGCUGCGCCUGAACUUCUCAAGGACAAACUUCCCAGCGAGCCUGAAUCUGAACCUGAAGAUCCCAAGCUGUGGUGGCUAUCUAAGUGUGCCGGAUACGGCCUGUGGCGCGAAGCCAGGGAUUCAUCGAACAAAAAAUUCCAAAACGACAUCUGCGCAGCCGUUCCUGAUGCCGCAGAGAAAUUUAGACCGGAGAACUGGUGGGGGGACUACUACGUGGCGUCAAGACUUUACUCCCCACAAAACCGGGACCCGGUUGUGCACCUCCAUGACCCCGUCCAGCCGGGAGCAUGCGAAGAAGGUCCGUACAAUGGGAUGGAUUGCGGCGUUGGCGAUUUCGAUAUUGCUCUGUUCCUUGGUAGCACCGUUUCGCGAGAGACCUGGAAAAGAGAAAUACUAGACGAGGGAUGCAUGGCGGCCAGAGUGGACGAAGUUUUGGACUUAUUAGACAUGGAACAAGCUAAAUAG